UACCCCCCCCCCCAGCUUUUUGGUUGCUUAUCACGGCCCCAACUGCCAGAGAAGUUUUGUCCUGGCCCCCCUCCCUGGAUCAGCAGUGUGGCACCCUGCUGCUCGGACUGCCCGCCCCCCCAUACCAUAAAGAUAAUACUGGCCACCAUGAGCUUACUCUAUCUGUGAACGUGCCACCUUGAUCUUCCGAACCGAACCAAGGCCAACCGCCACUUGCAAGCCAUACAAGCAUGGAGAACCAGCACAAAACCCCGGUCCGACCGAGUGGGAUUCCUCGAUUAACCUCCAGGUUACCUCUACCGACGUCGGCCGCCGAUAAAUCAGUGCGCCCUUCGCCAUCUCGAGAGAAGCUACAAACCGAUCCCGGCCUCAACGCCAACAGGCUACGCAGGCCUUCCCAAGAGCCUGUGUUUAAGAAGCCUUUGCCCAAGUAUACGGUGCCCAGAAAACCAUUCCCCGACCACCGACAACGAAGAGAUGUUUCCCAGACCGGGACGAGCGAUGGGGGGAUAUCGGAAGCUGAUGGGGCGUCACAUCGGUCCCUUCAUCUUGAAGCCGACAAAACAACCGCCUAUGAGGCAGAACCUCGAGGCCGUAACAGUACACGGCCAUCACUCGCCGAGCGAACAAUCGAGACUCUGGCCCAGAUUCCUCACUCGCCCAGACCUUCAAGCCGACAGUCCAAUUUCUUCGGCGCAACUAGCCCAAUGCGUUCGCCGUCUCGUCCACCGUCUACCAUGACCAGCUAUUCGAGGUCACCGUCCCGGUCAUCUUCUCGCCAACCUAGCGGCGCUGACUUUCUUGCUCGCCCGCCAUCUUCCAUGUCUUCUAUCCGUCUCCCGUCAAGGUCCGGCCCAUCUUUGUCUGCGAACGAUGCACUGGGCGAUCAAGAUUUCGUUUCCACCACAGACAGCCCCUCGAAGUUGAGAAGGCCCUCCGCAAGAGUAACCCACUCUGUCCCACAGCAAGUCCUCGAUGUGAAGAAAACACGAAAAUUACAACCGAAGCCCUCAACACAGAUGCCAUUCUCAGUGGGAACACGGUCACCGUCGAUUAAAUCUACCUCCUCAGACCUAACCCCAGAGCAGCAGUCGGAAAUGGAAACGAGGAAGGUGUCGAAAUCUUCUAGCGCGCUGAGGGAGAGCAUCGCCAAGGCCAAAGCCGCGCGCAAAGCGGAGGCACAAAAGAGUUCGCAGGCGAAAGCUGCCGAUACAUGGGACAAUUUUGACACACAGGAUCCAUUCAACCAGAGACCCAGGGAUUCGAAUAAUGGGCUUCUCCGAAAGCGCAUCGAAGCGGGUCGGACUUCUGGCCAUCUGAACAUUGCAGCCAUGUCCUUAAAAGAGCUGCCAAAAGAGGUCAUGACGAUGUACGACUUCGACCCCAAUGCCACCACUGACUGGUACGAGAGUGUGGACCUCGUUAGAUUUAUCGCUGCGGAUAAUGAACUCACUGAACUCUCCGAGGAUGCUUUUCCCGAUGUUGAUACUCAACAGCUGGACCCAGAUAUCGAUGAAAAGGGAAACCAAUUCGGUGGGCUUGAACUCCUCGACCUUCAUGGGAAUUUGCUGCAGUCUCUACCAAUGGGCCUCAGAAGGCUACAACACGUUCACACUUUGAACUUGUCGAAUAACAAUCUCAGCAUGGAGGAUAUACGCGUCAUCAUGGAAAUGGUGUCCCUCAAGGAUCUGAGGCUCGCCCGAAACGGAUUACAUGGGGAGCUCCCCCCAGACAUCAAACACCUCACCAACCUGGAAACGCUGGACCUUCAGGAGAACUCCCUCACGGAACUCCCUCAGGGCCUUGCAGAGUUAACCUCGCUUCGAGUUUUGAACGUUGGUAAUAACCAACUGAGCACAUUGCCUUUUGAAUCUCUACGCUUGCUCCCGCUAAAGGAACUCCAUGCUCCGAGGAAUAAAUUAAAGGGUUGUCUUUUUCCAGACUCCGUGCGUAAGCUUGACACAUUGCAGGUAUUGGAUGUAGCCAACAAUGCAUUGGUGAGACUCUCAGGCCACAAAAGUCUCGAGCUUCCCAAUCUACAGACUCUAGCAAUCAAUACCAACCGCAUCCAGUCCUUGCCCGAUAUCUCUUCAUGGCGGGCUCUUUUGACUCUCUCAGCGGAGGACAACAGUAUAUGCGAUCUCCCGCAGGGGUUUAUUGACCUGAAGAAUCUUAGGAAUGUUGAUUUGACUGGAAACAAUCUUUCGAAUUUGGACCCAAAGAUCGGUCUGAUGGAGAGUCUCUUUACAUUCCGGAUAGCCAACAACCCUCUCCGAGAACGCAAGUUUCUGGGCAUGAGCACCGACGACCUGAAACGUGACUUGCGAAAUCGGUGUGAGCCAGAGCCUCAGGAUACAGACGAUGAGGGUUCUGUUGCGACUCAGUUUACAUUGGCGCCGGAAACCCCGGACCAGAAAAUCUCCUGGCAAAUCAAGUCUGGCGGUGUUCUCGACAUGUCAUACGCCGCGAUGCAAGCGCUGGAGGUCGAGGAGUUGGAACGUGUCAACCUCCGUGAAGUCAAAUGUCUACAAUUGCAGCACAAUGAGCUGCGCUGCUUUCCCGUUCCUGCUCUCCACAUGCUCGCAUCCAACCUGACCGAUCUCGACCUCUCAAACAACCCGCUGGAUGGGGCAUCACUCUUCUCAGCACCCCUUACCCUUCCCAGCCUCCAGGCCCUCAACCUGAGCGCCACCAACCUGAAGACACUUCAGCCACUUUUCAAAAACCUCGUGGCUCCAUCUCUUGCGUGCCUUGAUGUCUCAAAUAACCGCCUAUCCGGUCCCCUUCCUGCUGUGCGUCAAAGCUACCCGAGCCUCUCAACGUUCCUAGCUGCCGACAACCAAUUCAGCAGUCUAGAAUUUGAGGCGGUGCAGGGUCUCCAGGUUCUAGACGUGGGGAACAACGAUGUUGGUGCCAUUCCGCCGAAACUUGGCCUUCUAAGGGGAGAAGGUUCGAGCAAGAACUGGGGUAACGGAACGGCUUUGAGGCGGCUCGAAGUGGCGGGGAACAGCUUCCGUGUUCCCCGGUGGCAGAUUGUCGCGAAGGGGACCGACGCUGUCCUUGAAUGGCUCAAGGAUCGCAUCCCUGGUGAGGAACUUCGCGAGUGGGAAUCAGGUGGCGAGUCAGACUAGUAGAAAUAUCUUUAUCGUGACAUGGGGGAUCCCCAUGACAGCCGAGAACAUCUAGGGGGGACUAUACUUGGUUUCAGGUUUCUGAAUCGUGUAAAUUAUUAUCCCAGUUAGAGCGCACAUAGGG